AUGUCGGUGUCUCCAUAUACCGUCCAGAACGACUUCGAAGUUCAAGAGUACAACAAACGUCGUGAGGCGUGGAAGGCGUCUGAGAGGGAGAGGAAGCAAGAAGAGAAGCUGCUCAGAGACAAGGCCAAGCACGACCGAAAGGAAGCGCUGAAGCAGCUGGCCGAGGCGGAAAGAGGUAUCGCCGCAGAGCCUCGAAAGAUUUUCAGCUGGCUGUCUCGAAAAAGUCCGUCCAAGAUCGAGGUUGUCGCAUCGAAGGAGCUUGACGACGACAGUGACUCGGACGAGAUUCCUCUGCGGGAUGCACUGGCGGCGCUUCCCCCCGAACUUGGGAAGCGGGCGUAG